AUGGCAGAACUCGAUGCGUUGAAGGCUAAGCGAACGCCGAUUAAAGCCGCGUUAACCAGACUCAAAAGGUCUUUUUUUGAGCACGAAAAAAAUUUAGGAGUAGGUUCAUGGCCAUCGCGAUUGCCUAUAUUUGAGCAAUUGUAUGAAAAGUUCGAUAUUAUUCAAACUCAGAUGGAAAUGCUAGUGGUAGAUGAUGCGGUUGCAGCUAUGGUUCAGUUAAAGGAAAGAGACGAUUUUGAAAACGCCUCAGAGUGCUCCUUCCUCAUCACGUACUCUGCCAAUGUUGAAAAUCCUUUAACAAGUGAGACUCCUGGUGUGAAACUUCCAACAAUUACAUUGCCAAAAUUUGACGGCACCUUCAAAGAUUGGCUUCCAUUUCGCGACACUUUUAAAUCAUUAAUUCACGACAAUACGCGGCUCUCGAAUAUUCAGAAGUUUCACUACCUGAGUUCAACGUUGACAGGAGAUGCAGCUCGCGUUAUACAGUCAUUAGGCGUUUCCGAUUAG